UAUUUGUUAGCUGAGUUUGUUUUCAAUUUUGUUGCUAUAAUUGACGAGAAUUCAAGAAAAUCUCAGACUUUUCCCCAGCAAAGCAAAGCAAAGCAAACCCCAGGCCCCAAGAACGGAACACUUUGCAUAUUUAUGGACUCAUCAAGAAUCUCUCUCCGGGCGUUCCAACUCUCCGAUGCCGACGACCUCCUGAAAUGGGCAAGCGACGACAAAGUGACCCAUUUUCUCAGAUGGAACCCCAUCACCUCCAAACAACAAGCCCUCAAGUAUAUCCAGGAGGUCGCCAUACCUCAUCCAUGGCGGCACUCCAUAUGCUUGGACGGCCGUUCAAUUGGGUACAUUUCAGUCAAGCCGGAAGCCGGAAAUGAUAGGCACAGAGCCCAUCUUGGCUAUGCAAUUGGCUCUUGUUAUUGGGGCCAAGGGAUUGUGACCAUGGCACUCAAGAUGGCCAUUCCUGUUGUGUUCAGAGAUUUCCCCUUCCUUGUGAGGCUGGAGGCUUUGGUGGAGCCUGAAAAUUUUGGGUCUCAAAGGGUUCUUGAAAAAAUUGGGUUUGUAAAAGAAGGCUUUUUGAGAAAGUAUGGGUUCAACAAGGGUGGGAUUAGAGAUAUGUUCAUCUAUAGUUUCUUGUCCGGUGAUAAGGUUCUCUGAAGAUUUAGGUGAGCUUUUAAGGAUGUAACAAACAUUGUGUAUAUGUCAAAAAAAUAUACAAUUAAAAGAAUUUGAGAUUUUUGCA